AUGCCUCCGAAAAAGCCCACCAAGACCACGGCCGCAGCCAAAUCAAAGGAGAAGCAGGUUAGUUUAUUUAUGUUUUGAAAACCUAGGAAAAAUUGUAACAUGUCUUUGAAAUUUCGGCAAAUGUUUUCGAAAUUGAACUUUUGUUUGAGAAUCUUGGAAUGAAACUAAAAAUCUAAAUUUCGGGUGGAAAAUCAUUUCUUUUUAGAAAGUUUUAGUGAAAAAACUGUGAAAAAAUGUUUGAAUUCGAAACAUUUUGGCAGAAUUUCAUUGACAUGUUCAGAAAAUUGGCGGGAAAUUUAGAAAUUUUGAAUUCUUCGAACAGUGUUGACUUUCGAAACUAUUCGAAAUGUUUCGAAAAUCACUUUUUGGGAGAUGUUAGGCUGUAUUUGUCUUUAAAACGCAUUUAAGUGUCCAGAAAUUUCAUCCAAAAGUCUUUCAAUAAGUCUAAAUACAUAUCAAUCCUUUAAAAUCACAUUUUUGAUUUUCGAAAUGUUUCGAAACAUUUCGAAAUGUUUCGAAAGUCACCAAUUUCAUUUUUUAUGAGACGUAAGGCUUAAUUUGUCCUUUAGGCUUAUUAGAAGGCCUUGAAAUAUCAUUUCUGGACACUGAAAUGCGUUUUAGCUUCACUUUUUUCAGUUAAGAAUGUGUUGAGAAAUUGGUUUAGAAAAAUUAAUGAAAAUACUGUUCGUGUUUCAGUUUUUUUGGUUUUUCAACGUUAAAAAACGUUUUUUUAUUACGUGAAUCACUGAAUUGAAAGUUCAAAAAAUCUACAUUUCCCGCCAAUUUUCAACACGCCAUCAAACAAUUUCAUAUUCAUAUUUUUUGCCCCAAAAGCUUUUAGUCACAAAAAUUUGAAUUUCAUGUUAUAGCUUUGGACCAAAAUAUAUGAAUUUGAAAUUUUCGAUGACGUGUCAAAAAUUUCUUGUUGAAUAUUUUUGUCUGAUUUUUUUCUGCUGAUUUUUUGUCUGAAAUUUAUUCUGCUGAUUUUUUGUCUGAUUUUUUAUUUUACUUUUUCUGCUGAUUUUUCUUUCUGAUUUUUUUCUUCUGAUUUUUUUUCUGCUGAUUUUUUGUCUGAAUUUUUCUUCUGAUUUUGUGUCUGAAUUUUUUCUUUCUGAUUUUUUUUUCUGAUUUUUUUCUGCUGAUUUUUUCUGCAGAUUUUUCUUUCUGAUUUUUUCUGCUGAUUUAUUGUCUGAAAUUUUUUGAUUGAUUUUUUUUUCAUUUUAUUUUUCUGGAGUUACAGUUUUUAAUGACUUUUUUAGUUUACAUAUUACUAGGGCUUAUAGCAUUUUUCCCAGACUUCUUUCCUCUAUUUUUCGGGCUUUCUUGUCUUCAGAAUUAGAACAUGCUUUUAGAAAUACCCCAGAAAUUGUUGAACUCUUCGCUGAAAAAUAUAAACUUUGUUUAGCUUCUAAAAGUCUUUCAGAGCCUUCUGAAUUUGCGCGAGGUUGUAGAACAAUUUCAGACUUUGUUGAGUUCUUCUCGGACUUAUAGCAAUUUUUUUAGGCUUCCAGCAAGCUCCCAAAGUCUUUAGAAUCCGCCAAAGUUUUCACAGUUCUAGUGAAUUUCUUCUCUAACUUAUAGACAAUUGUUUGAGCUUAUAGAAAUCUCCAAGAGCUUUCAGAAGCUACACAAGCUCAUAGAAAUAGCCUAAACCUUGUAGAUUUCUUCUCUGGCUGUCAGGCAUUUUUGUGAUCUUCCAGGAAUCUCCAAAAUCAUUCAGAAGUUGCACGAGCUUUUAGAGAAACCUCAGUUUUUGUUAAAUUUUUCUCGAACUUAUAGGAACUUUUUUUGGGCUUCUAAAUGUAAUAAUCUCCUAGAGUUUUCUGAAUUUUCCCAGACUUUGUUGAUUUUUCUCUCACUUUCAUGAACUUUGACGAAUCUCCCAGAUUUUUCUGAAUCGGCAUAAGCUUUUAGAAAUACCUCUUUUUCUCUGGCUGAUAGGAUAUUCCAUGAGCUUCUAGAAAUCUUCCGAAGCCUCCAACAAACUUUCAGAAAUAGCCCAAUUUUUGUUGAGUUCUAAUCGAACUUGUAGACUCUUCUAGAAUCUUAGAAUAUCCCCAACCUUUUAGAAAAAAGCUUUUAACUUUGUAGAUAGUUUUUCUUACUCGUAGAUACUCCGGUGAGAUCCCAAGAAUCCCUCAUAGCCUCUGAAUCAUCACGAGUUUUUAGAAAGUUCCUAGAUCUUGUAGAUUUCUUCUUUAACUUAUAGACAUUUUGUAAGGUUUUUGGAAUCUCCCAAAACCUUCAGAAUUCUCACUAGCUUUCAGAAAUUCUCCAGCCUCCGUUCAAUUCUUCUCUGUCUUAUAGAAACUUAUAGAAGUUCAGACUUUGCAUGAGCUUUUAGAGUUAUCCUAGAUCUUGUUGAUUUUUUCUCUGGCAAAUAGACAGUUGUUUGAGCUUCUGGGAAUCUUCCAGAGCCUUCAGAAGUUACACAAGCUUUAAGAAAUAGCCUCAACCUUGUAGAUUUUUCUGGCACAGUUGCACGAACUUUCAGAGUUACCCUAGAUUUUAUAGAUUUCUUCUCUAACUUAUAGACAGUUUUUUGAGUUUCUAGGAAUCUUCCAGAGCCUUCAGAAGUUACACAAGUUUUAAGAAAUAGCCUAAACCUUGUAAAUUUGUUCUCUGGCUGAUAGACAUUUUUGUGAUAUUCCCGGAAUCUCCAAGAUCAUUCAGAGGUUGCACGAGCUUUUAGAGAAACCUCAGUUUUUGUUAAAUUUUUCUCUAACUUAUAGGAACUUUUUUGGGCUUUCAGUAAGCUCCCAAAGUUUUCAGAAUCUCCGAGACCUUGUUUAUUUUUUAUCUGAGUCGUAGAAACGUUUCUUAAAAAUCUCCCAGAACCAUUCUGAAUUUUCACUAGCUUUCAGAAAUUCUCCACGCUUCGUUCAAUUCUUCUCUGUCUUAUAGAAACUUAUAGAAGUUCAGACUUUGCAUGAGCGUUUGAAGUUACCCUAUUCUCUUUUUUAAUUUUACUCUGACAAAUAGACAAUUUUGUGAUUAUCCAGGAAUCUCCAAGAUCAUUCAGAAGGUGCACGAGCUUUAGAGAAACCUCAAUUUUUUUCUUGUUUGUUUUUAUUCUAUCAAUAAUUUCCUCCUUCCUCUCACUAAUGUUCUCUAUAUUUUCCUCACUCUCUCAUCUACUCUUCCUCUCUCGCCUCCCUCCACUCUACAUGUUCUCACAAAUAGUUUUAUUUAUACACCUUUUAACACUUCUCAUUAUUUUUUCUUGUUUUCGCGCGUAGGUUAGGUUUACAACUAAUACUUAAGGUCCAGCAAAGAUGCAUCACUCUUCUCUGACUUCUCUUUUUUAGGCUUCUAGGAAUUUCUCAAAGCAAUCAGAAUCUGUAAGAGCUUGUAGAAAUAUUCCAGACUUUGUUGAUUUUCUCUCUCACUUUUAUGAGCAUCUUGGAAUCUCUCAGACCCUUUUGAAUUUGCACAAACUUUCAGAAAUAGCCCAAACCUUGUGAACUUUUUCUCUGACUUAUAAAAUCUUUUCGAACUUCUAGGAAUUUCCCAGAAAUUUCACGAGCUUUUAGAAAAACCGCAGUUCUUCUUGUUGAAUUUUUCCCUGACUUAUAGGAAAGUUUUCAGGCUUCUAGGAGUAUCCCAAAGUCUUCAGAAUCCGUCCAAGUUUUCACAAUUCUAGUAGAUUUCUUCUCCAACUUAUAGACACUUUUAUGAGCUUCUUGGAAUCUCCCAGAGCCUUCAGAAUCUGAACGAGCUUUAGAAAUUCCCUAUCCCUUGUUGAGUUCUUCUCUGACUUACUGGAACUUUUUUUGACUUUCUAGAAAUUUUCCAGAACUUUCUGAAAUUUCACGAGCUUCCAAAAAUACUCUAGAAUUUGUCUCGGGCCUUCAGAAAUAACCCUGAGCUUCUAGUACCUCCCAGGUCUGUUAGUGAACUUUUAGAAAUUUCUCAGAUCUUGUUGAAUUCUUCCCGAAAUUUGUUAUCAUUUGAGGAUCUUGUAGAAAUCUCCCAAGCUUCCAGUACCUCCCAGAUACCCUAGAAAAUGUAGAUGUUUUAUUUUUUUCUCCAGUUUAUAGACACUUCUAUAAACUUUUUUAGAAAUCUCAUAGAAGGAGAGGCAUUUCAAACUUCAAUAAAAACUGUGAUCCCAGAAAAAUGAAAAAAAUGUUGGGUUUUUCUUGGUUCCAAACUUUUUGGCGUCAAAAAUCCACCACAAAAUUUUGCGAUUUUGAAGUAGAAAAAAAUAUCAAAAAUAAUAUCAUGAAAAAAGAGACAUUUGAAUAAUUUUCAUAAUUUUUCAGCCGAACAGAAGACGAUCUUCGCCUCCACCACAAACUCCAACUCCAAGAGCUCCGCGACGUUCAAAUUCGACAACUCGCCAAAGUCGUUCUCGAGUUCAAAACACACCGCCGGAGCCUCGUAUCACCCGAAGCCAAACACUUCCUGCGAGAACUGCCGAAGCUGCGAGGCGGGUUCGGGAAGGACUGCCGGUCAACGAGGUCACGGCCUACUACCUCGACCCAGAUGUUAGUUUAUUUUUAUUUUUGAGAUGUGUAGUUAGAGAGUUUAGAAACUUAGAGAGCCUAGAGAACUUAGAAAACAAAUUGAAUAAUCCAUUUUUUUCCAGCCGCCUCGCAUCACUCAAGCCGUCAAUGUCGUCAAGAACUUAUUGAAAGGUAAAGGAAAAUCGAAAACGACCACGAAGAAAGCUCCGGCUAAAAAAGCUCCAGCGAAGAAACCGCCACCGAAAAAAGCUCCACCAAAGAAAGCGCCAGCUCCUCCAAAACCACCAACACCGAGAAAUGCGAAUACAGGAAGUCGUGGAAAUGCAAAUGGAAGACGCGGAAAUGAUGAUGAACCAACUGAUGAUGAUGAAGACGAAUCUUAUCACCAUUCACCGUCACCGCGAAAUUCGAGAGGAAGAAGUCCGGCGAGAAAUUCGAGAGGGAGAAGUCCGGCGAGAAAUGCGAGAAGAGGAACGGCUUCACCAAGAGAUUCAAGAAGACGCAGAUCUUCGCCAAGAAGUUCUAGAAGAGGAAGAUCUUCUCCAAGAGAUUCGAGAAGACGCAGAAGUUCCGAUGAAGAUCGAGAAGAAGACGAGGAGUAUAACCACAACACCCCAACUCCUCCACCCAGAAAUCAGCGAAGAUCUGAUAAUUCAUUCCGCGCCACAAAUCGAGCAGCUUCAGCACAAUCAACUCGCCCAUCUCGCUCUCCACAACAUCAACCGCGCCGAAACCGUUCUGUGCCAAAAUUCGAGAGUUUUCCGGAAGUAAGUUUUUUUUUUUGAAUUUUUCCGCUAAAAAAUGACACCAAAAAAACUUGAUGAAUUUCAAUUUUCAAAAGUGUACCAGAAAUUGAAUUAUUUCAGGUGCCUUAUGUUCGAUGUGGCAUCACAGAAGGGGAGACGAAUUGUCAAAUCGAUCCAACAUUCCACCGAUAUGGACAUAUGCGCAGUGAUCGUACACAAUCGGUUAGUUUCAAAUCUCAAUACAUUUUCAUUCAUUCAAUUCUGUCUUUUUUCAGGCUUCCGAAUCACGUCGCCGCCAAUCAGUUCGCGAGAACAGGACACAGGAUUCAGGCGACGAGACUCAAUCGUCGGAUGAUGGACAAAGACCAUCGACAUCAACUGCUGCUCCGAAACGUCGCCAAAGACGUUGA